UUUUUCGUUUUGAAAAUCGUAUCAUGUUAAUUUAAUUAAGUUUUACGAUAAUCAUCGAACAGUUUAGCAUAUUUAUUUCUUUUAAUAGUUUUUCUAAAACUGUGUUCAAGAUUCAUACUUCGUUCUGUUCACCGACACUCUAGCCAUGAGAAGCUGAUAAGCCUACUUGAAGCGGUGUCGAUUUCUAGAUCAAGAUGUUUUCUCGGUACACAUUUCUGUAUUCUAUAUUCGUAUUAUCGAUUAUCCUGCGUCAAAUCGACACAUACAACCGAUACACUCGCGAUGACCUACUUAAAUACAGAGAAGAAGUACGUGAAAUGUUCAAUCAUGCCUACAGCGGUUACUUGAAACACGCGUACCCCUACGACGAACUGAGACCACUAACCUGCGACGGCGUCGACACUUGGGGUAGCUACUCAUUAACUCUAAUAGACGCCCUAGAUACUCUGAUCGUGAUGGGUAAUUACACAGAGUUCGAGAGAGUCGUCAACAUCAUCACCGAAACCAUCGACUUCGACAUCAAUAUGAACGUUUCGGUAUUCGAAACAAAUAUCCGAGUAAUCGGUGGUCUUCUCAGCGCUCAUAUACUCUCUCACAAGGCCGGAAUACAACUCGAACCCGGAUGGCCUUGCAACGGACCUUUACUACGUUUAGCUGAGAACGUAGCCAAUCGUCUACUACCAGCUUUCGAUACCGUGACUGGUAUGCCUUACGGUACUGUCAACCUAAAGAGAGGUGUCCCUCCAGGUGAAACAACAAUCACUUGUACUGCUGGAAUUGGAACAUAUGUCUUGGAAUUUGGUACGCUUUCCAGAUUAACCGGUGAUCCUAUUUACGAAGAGGUAGCCAUGAAUGCUCUUAGAGCAUUAUUCCAGCUCCAGUCUAAAAUCGGAUUACUCGGUAAUCAUGUAGAUAUCGUCAGUGGUGUUUGGACAUCGCAAGAUUCCGGUAUAGGAGCUGGUAUCGAUUCUUAUUUCGAGUAUUUGGUAAAAGGAGCUUUACUGUUUAACAAACCUGAGCUCAUGUCGAUGUUCUUGGUACUUCAAAAGUCGGUCAAUAAGUAUUUGAAACACGACGAUUGGUAUUUUUGGGUAUCGAUGCAAAAAGGAUUGAUUACCUUACCUUUAUUCCAAUCUUUGGAGGCGUAUUGGCCCGGAGUAUUGUCACACAUCGGUAACGUUAACGAAAGCAUGAAAUCUAUCCACAAUUAUCACAACGUUUGGAAAAAGUAUGGUUUUACUCCGGAGUUUUUCAACAUCAUUCAGCAAGAAGUCAGUGCAAACCGGGAAAGUUAUCCAUUACGUCCAGAACUCAUAGAAUCUGUCAUGUAUCUGUACAGAGCUACUGGUAAUCCUUAUUUACUCGAUAUUGGCGUAGAUAUCCUCAAAAGUAUACAACACAGCGCUGUUACGAGUUGCGGUUACGCUACGAUCAAAGACUGUCGAGAUCAUUCGUUAUCUAAUCGUAUGGAAUCGUUUUUCUUGGCCGAGACGACUAAAUACCUGUAUUUACUCUUCGAUCCGGAUAAUUUCAUUCAUAAUAGAGGCGAACAUGGCAAAGCGUUCGAGACAGCUUCGGGUAAAUCGUGUGUAAUCGACACAGGCGGAUAUAUUUUCAACACCGAAGCUCAUCCUAUAGAUCCGAGUAUUUUCCAAUGUUGCUCGCCCGAAAAAUCAUUCUACGUCGAUCAAGCUACCGGUAAACCUGAUAGAAAAAGUAAACGACUGAAAUCCUUCCAUCAAAACGUUAAUGACGUCGGUGCAAAUGUACAAAACCUAAGCGAUCGUAUCAAAAAACAUCGUAAAGUGAAAGUACCAUCAUCACCGAACGAUUUACUCAAACAGCAGCUAGAUCGUAAAAUAUACGAACAGCUAAAUGAGUUAUACGAGCAUCUGAAGAGUAAACCGACACCUACUACGCCAGAAGCUGCUUCUGAAACCACGUAUUCUACUAGUAAACCUAUCAAGAGAAUGUUUGGGACGACAAAUCGACGAGAAAAGUGUACGUCGAAGGAUCUCUUCGAGUACUUAUUUGUUCACGUUGAAGAUCAAUGCUACUUACAAGACGACCAGAAAGAAAUCAUUAAUAAUAUCAAAAAGAAAAUAGCCUCUUUGGAAGCGGAAAUUGAAACUUUCCAAGAAUACCUCACGAAUAAAACAGAAACGCUUAAAACCGAUUACGAUUCUCAAUCGAUGCUUGAAAGAAUCGUAAAAGAGAAUAAAAAUAAAGAAUUUAGGAUAUUCAGCGAUUUAAAAUUAUUAUAUUGUAAACCCCAAGAAUUCAUUCAAAGGUUUUCCUUCCUAGGACAAUUUUUCGGUAAUCCUUGAACCCAUUGUGAUGUAACAUUUUUAUAAUCGUAUCGAUUUUUGUGAUUAUUUUUAAACGAAUUAUUUUUUUAUGAAAGUCAUUCCUUCGUCUACGAUGUUUUGUUCUCUUUUUUUUUUAAUUUUGAAAUUUUAAUCUUGUUUUUCCUAUUUUAUCUUGAUUAUUUUACGUAUAUUAUGUUAUUACAUUCCUCUUUCCAAUUUGAUUAGGUUAAAUUUGAGAAGUCAUCGAGUCAUAUUUGUUUAAUUUUAAUGGUAAAUAUUUUUAUUUGUUUUAAAUUUUUGCCUUUUGUAUUUUUUUUCUUAAUUAAUUAGGUGAUUUGUGUUGGAAUUCGGAUAGAGGAAUUGUAUUUGACUGAGUUAUUUAUUUUUCUUGUUAAUUUUAGAAAAAAAAGCUCAAUUCGAUUAUAAAUGAUGAGUUUUGUUAAUUUACUAAUCGCGUUGUUACCAAUGUUUCCUUGUUGUGUAAAUAAUAAGAUGUUGAAUACUA